ACGCUCGUGUUUGCGUCUGUCCGUGAAUCCGUCAGUGACGUGAUUUCAGUUCCGACGUUUCACUUCCGAGGUUCGGGAUAUGGAGCGUUAGCACCGACUAGCUCGUGCCAUUCUACCCGAACCACCGGGGACAGUUUCAUCCCCCCUCCCCGGUCUGCCUCAAGCCCAGCUGCCGCCGUUCGGCGAACAGGCUAGAAGCUCUGGACCAUGGAUCCGGCCUGCUGCGACUCCACAGUUCAGGUGUGUUUCCCUGGAGCCCGGGCUGCCGUCCUGGACAACCUGAACCGGCAGCGGGAGGAGGGUCGCCUCUGCGACCUUUCCAUCCAGGUUCAGGGGCAGGUGUUCAGGGCUCACCGCUGCGUGCUUGCCGCCUCCUCGCCGUACUUCCACGAUCAGGUCCUGCUGAAGAACGUCACCACCGUCUCCCUUCCCUCAGUUCUGGACCCAGUAGCCUUUGAGAGCGUCCUCACUUCUGCCUACACGGGCCAGCUGAGCAUCGUACACGACGACAUUGUCCACUAUGUGACCGUAGCCAGCUUCCUUCAGAUGUGGCACAUCGUGGACAAAUGCACAGAGAUGCUGAAGGGGCCCCGCCCCUCCGUGGACGGGGGCUCUGCGGCUCAGCCUGCAUCUCGCCAGCAGUCGCCCAGCAGUACGGAGACCCUGUAUGUGGAGAGGGAGGGCCGCCGCAGGGACAGGAGGCCUGACGCCCUGCCCCCUUUGGCCACCUGGAGGCGCCCCCAGCAGCUGGGGCGGUGGGCCCGGCCGCGGGCCUCGUCAGCCCAGCACAUGGCGGACUCCCAGCUGGACGGGACCCAAGGCUAUGUGGAGAGCGGCUUCAGCGGCUGUGAGGAGGUCCUGGCCUCAAACCACACCGUGGGGCCCAGCAUGAAUAGCAGACUACCUGGUGGGGGCGCCGGUGAGGCAUCAAAACCCAAAGGAAGGUGUCAGCAAAGGGUGGGGCAGCUGACCGCAGAGCGAAUGCCUGAGAAGGAGAGCGAAGAGUCACAGAAUGGGAAGAAGAUUGACAGAAUGGAGACGGAGGCAGAUGAAGGAGUUGGGGAGGAGAGCGAGGCGAGGAGGGAGGCUUUGAGUCCCUGCGAAGUUCAUGCAGUUUGCAGAGGACAAGGGGAGGGGGGGCACGCUACCGGGAGGCACAGAAGCGACCCCCCCUCUGACCCUGGUGGUGUUCACUGCUCUGGGACAGGUGAAGGAGCCCCGGGUCCGGAGGCUCCGGUCUCUGCCAGACUCCAGUGGCAAAUGGAGACCUGGUCUGAGCAGGACGGGGGGGCCGGGAACUGCUGCAAAGACGAGAACGAAGAGGAGGAGGACUUUGACGGCUUCACCAGUGGGGGCAACACCAGAGACGCUUACAAUGACAUUACCCAGAGGGCUUUGCUGCCUGUGUCCCCUGAAUUCGUCUCAAAGGCGACCUGGCCGUCCACUGGGGGGGCCCAGAGUGGCUCUGUGACCCCCACAUCCAGUCAGCAGCAGUCCACCUCAUCUGCUGGAUUCCCACCCCCUCCUUCACCCCCUACUCCGUCCUCCUCCUCCUCGGUGUCGCUGGCCUCCCCCACCUACUCCGGGAAAGUGCACUUCUGCCACUGCGGCAAAGCCUACACCCUGAAAAGCAUGCGGGACCGCCACGUGAAGAUGCAGCACCUCAACCUGCGCCCCUUCGGCUGUCCAGUCUGCUCCAAAUCCUUCAAGAUGAAGCACCACCUGACCAAGCACCUGAAGACCCACGGGGGGGUGCGGCCGUACGAGUGCACCCUGUGCGGGAAGAAGGUCGUGUGGAGGGACAGCUUCCUGAGACAUCAGGCCCGCUGCGGGGGGCUCCCUCCCGACCGGGACACGGACAACAGUUACACCUGCGGGUUCAGCGAGGGAGGGGCUUUCCUCCCAACAGGACACGUGAAGGUGGAGGAGGUGGACUUUCACAGGGAGGUGGAGGACGGGAUGGGGCGGCUCCUGGACAACAUGUCUGGGAUUGUGAACGAGCUGAGCGCACCCCCCCAGAGCGUGGACACUAACGUUCUGAAGGAAGAGGUCACAGAGGGCUUCAGUGGGAGCUAGACUCUUGUGAGGGGUGGGGGUCCUGAAGAUCCUCAGAAGUCUUAAUUGCACUGAUUUAUCAGAGUUUGACCAUUCUGCUCCAUAGAUGCUCCACGUUGCAGGAAGUCAGAGUGUGAAUGACACAAGAGUCAUAUGGAAUUUCAAAAUAAAAGUCCCUGAGUUGAGGUGAACUCCAUCUGAAGAACUGUUCAUAUUGUGUACAGAAUUUCUGUUCAGGUGUGAGUGAGAUUGUGUGUUUGUGUGAAAGUGUGUUGCAGAAUUUGUUUUCUGGAAAUUACAAUAGAAAAAGUUUUUUUUCCACUUUAGAAAUCCAUAAACUUUGAACUCUUCUCAGUAUUUGUCUCUCAGCUCAACUGGAUGUUUCGUUCUAAAUGAUCUUCAGACUCUUUUCACAGCCAAACCACAUCUGGAGAUCUAUGAUUUGUGUUUUCAUCCUAAACGUUCCUCCUUCAGUCCACGGAGAGGUUUUUCUUUGCACUGGAGUCAUUGAAUAAAGACUUACACAAAUGAAUAA